AUGGAGGUGCUUAAUCCAGAAAAUGCACACCUUUAUCUGCCUCACUGCAGAUAUGCAGGAUAUCGCAUCUGGUGGGUCUAUUUCUGCUCCUCUCUAGCGGUCUUUCUAGGAGGCCUGCUGGUCUUGAGCCUGACCAAAGCAGGCAUUAAAGGUUUCAACAGAAUUGGUGUCCAGUGGCCCAGAUACCGCCAGGGACGUCUGAGGUUCUCUCGCGCCCUUCAGAUCUUAGAGAUACCAGUGAUCCUUCAGAUCUUCUGUAUUACCAACAACAACACAUUUCUGAAGCUGUCUAGACUUUGUGCCAUAGUCCUGGGCACACUACUCACCUUUGCUGGUCUUAUCCAUCUGUUGGAGAAUUCUGGAGACCCUUGGUUAAACUACUCAAAUGCCCACUCUCUCAGCUAUUUUGAGUGUUUCUACUUUCUGAUCGUUACCACGUCGACCGUCGGUUAUGGUGACGUAGAAGUCACCACCACCCUUGGCCGCUCUGUCAUCAUCAUGUUCAUUUCUAUUGCACUGUCAGUGUUCGCAAGCUUCGUACCACUGAUUCUGCAGAUCAUCCUGAACCGAAAACGCUUCGGUGGGAGCUACACUGGCACCUCAGGCAAAACUCAUGUGGUUGUGUGUGGACACCUCACCUUGGCCAAUGCCUCUGUGUUCAUGAAUGAGUUUCUCCAUGAGGACAGGGGAGAGAUCAACGUCCACGUGGUGUUCCUUGGAAACUUCUGCCCUGAUCAAGAACUGGAGGCGUUUUUCCGCCGGCGGUUUCUCCAGGUGACCUUCUACCAGGGCUCUGUCCUUCAGCCUGCGGACCAGGAGAGAGUGCUGGUACAGAAGGCGAGUGCCUGCUUGAUUCUGUGUGACCGGUUCACGACCAACCAGAACAACGAGGAUGCAGCUAACCUUAUGAGAGUCAUAUCUGUCAAACAGUACUGUCCCAGAACUCGAGUUAUUGUCCAGAUGUUGAGACACUCCAGUAAAGCAUACCUACAGAACGUGCCUAACUGGGAUUGGGCACGAGGGGACGCCGUAAUCUGUCUGGCUGAACUUAAACUGGGAUUCAUGGCACAGAGCUGUAUUGUUCCAGGACUCUCAACUUUAUUGGCUAAUCUCUUCACCAUGCAGAGUGAAGUUGAGGAUGAGGAAGACAGCUGGAAAAAACUGUACAGACAGGGACUCUAUAAUGAAAUUUACACUGAGUUCCUGUCCAGCUCAUUCACCGGGAUGUCUUUUGCUGAGGCCAGCAAGUUAUGUUUCCUUAAGCUGAAACUGCUUUUAAUUGGGAUUGAAUACCAGAGCAGUGACACGGAGUUCAGUGUCUUAGUUAAUCCUCCCACUCACGUUAAGAUUAAAAAUCAGACGUUGGGCUUCCUGAUAGCUGACAAUGCUACUGAUGCUAAAAGCCCAGGACAAGACAUAGUUCAUUCACAGGACAGUGAGGAUGUGAGACUGGACUCUACCGGAAUGUUCCACUGGUGCCCCCCGGUCCCUCUUAAGGAUGUCACACUGGACAGACACAUUGCAUCUGCAUUGUGUUUUAAGAACCACAUACUGGUGUGUUUGUUUGGUGAUGAGAAUUCCAGUUUGUUGGGUCUGGGGGACUUCAUGAUGCCAUUGCGUGCUAGCAGUCUGACCCUGACUGAACUGCACAGUGUUGUGUUUCUCGGGGAUCCUGCUUUCUUCGCCAGGGAGUGGCCUAAUGUCCACUGCUUUCCCCACAUCUACUUCCUACCUGGCUCUCCUCUGUGUGGCGCGGACCUGCGAGUGCUGCGAGUGGACUCCUGCAUGAUGUGCGUGGUACUCAGUGCCUUUGGAUGCUCGGGAAACGAGGAACCGCCGAUGCAGGACAAAGACACCAUCCUCGCCUGCGUUAAGCUUUAUCACACGAGAUUCAACCAGGAGCUCAGCCACAAUCACGACCAGGCCAGUCUCUACUACGAAAUGUUGAUGGUGUUAGUGGUGGAGGCUUGGUGGUACGUGACAUGGCUCAGUAACCAGUGGGUUGGGAGUGGAUCUCUUGUUUCCACGGCAAUUGGUACCUUCAAAUGCGGCACGGACGGGAGCUACGGUCCCUCUUCUGUGAACAUGUCGAAUAUCCCUUAUCUGAACGAGGCAGACACUCGUGAGGACGUGUCCCAUGUAGCCUUGACUCAGGCGUUCGCCGUGGGUUCCGUGUUCUCCGCAGACCUGCUGGACUCUCUGAUGGCCGCUAACACUGGGUUCUCUAUGGAGAACACAGAGCUGGCGCUGAAGCAUGAAAGGUUCUACUGGAGCCUGGCUCUGAGCGCAGAACGUCGGGCUCUUAACCGUACGACGUAUUUUAACAUGAACGUUCCGGCGCUGAUUUGUACGUUGGUGACGGGGGGAGACACGCCCCUCCUGGAGGCCCAGCUGGCAGAGGACAAUCAGCUGAGGGAGGGGAAGAUGAGCCCCAAACUUCGCUCCUUACGCCAGCGCUCCAAACUCGCACAACUCGCCCUGAAAGACGAACCCCUCUGCCAGUUUAGUGCUCUGGACUCUCUGGACAUUCUGUGUUUUGGAUUAUACCGUCUUCUGGACCCCCCCAAUCCCACGGUCAAACGGUUUGUCAUAACCAACCCCCCCGCCGAACUACGCCUGUUACCCUCCGACAAAGUCUUCUGCUCCGUGCCUUUCCACCAGAGUCACCUGCUCACCCGUGCCCGCCCCCACGGCUGUACGACUUAUUGA